GGUACGUAACGGAUACAGUGUCGCUCAUUUCCCUGAAGUUAGCUUGCGUGGUUCUCCGGGAGACUUUUUGCAACGUGGUUCUGGAGCUCCACAAGUAAUCAGAUAAUGUUACAGAUGGAUGAGAACCUAACAGAGGGAAAUGGACCGGCAGAAGCUGUAAAAGACGAGGAUAUGGAGGUUACAGUAACAUCUCAACUAGAAGAUGUCCUGGUGACCUCUGACAAUGCUGAGAUGGUGUCAAACACACAAACACUUUUAGAAGAAGAAAGGGCAGAUGCACAAAGGCACUCAAUAGCAGCAACCGUGUCUUUAGACACGCAUAAGAGCAGCGAGGAUUCUGAGGACUCGGACAGUGACAGCUCUUCCUCAUCAUCUUCAUCCUUCUCUUCUCCCUCUGCACCUGCGGCUGUGGAAGAAGUUGAUGAAGGUUUCAGCCAACCAGCACCCAUCAAAACGCGAGAUGAGAUUCUGCUCGAGGAACUUCCGGCAGUGGAGGAAGUAUGUAUUACCUUACCAGAAGAAGCAGAAUUGCAGCCACUGGGCACCGUGUCGAAUAUUAUACAGCAGCUUGUUAUUAUCCAGUCCCUGAAAGACACGCCCCCUCUUAAUGAUGGCAGCAUUAUCUUCAAGUCUGAUCGGGAGGCUGCAGCCAAGGUGUUUGAGGUAUUUGGCCCGGUGUCCAGCCCAAUGUAUGUUUUACGUUUUAAUUCUGUGGAUCAGAUUAUCAGUAAAGGGCUGAAAGAGGGUACUACCCUUUAUUAUGCACCAGCCAUCAAGGAGUACACGGGAUACAUCCUCACACAGCAGCUAAGACUAUUACAGGGAUCAGAUGCAUCCUGGAAAAAUGACCAAGAACCGCCAGAAGAGGCUCUAGACUAUAGUGAUGAUGAGAAAGAGCAGGAAGCAAAGAGGAAACUGAAAAAUGCCAAAAAGAAGGACACUAGCCACACAGACAAUCGUACUCAGAACCCUUCGCAGCGGCAACAUAAGCAUGAUGGAAGGGGCUUCCCACCAAGACAUACAAGGCCUUCUUUCCACCACCAGCACUCAUUUAGACAGACAGAGCCACCACGACACACAAAUUUCCCCCCUAUGUUCAUCCCUACUCCCUGUCCUUAUCCUCCACCUCCUCACCAUUUUCCUCCCUCUAACUUCCCUCUCUACCCCCCUCCUCCUCCUCCUCCUCCAACUUUCUUCAAUCCUGCUUUCUCCACUCCUUUCUGGCUGCCAAACUCUGCCCCCUUUUCUGACUUUCCCCGCCCUCCCCCUCCUCCUCCUCCACCUCCUCCACCUCAGUGACAACUUGCAAAAACUAUCAGCAGUGUCUUGUCUCUGAUUGUAAAAUAAAGCAUACUUACUGUAGGUAAUAGAGUUGUGUACUUUGCCACUUUUAUGUCUGUUAUUUGUGACACAACCACAUGCAUUGUGUUCACCAUCCUGUAAGAUCAUGAAAGAUCACAUCACAUGAAAAUGAUAUUUUUAUAUUCUAAAAAAAAAUCUGCCAUUAAUUUUCAAGCAGGGGCCAAAAAGCAAACUGGUGUACUCUGAAACUCAGCAUGUUUUCAUCAUCAGCAACUUUCUUUAGUCUUUCCAUGUUGUUAGACAGAUGGUGGACUAAACUGGAACUUAACUGACUACCAGCAGCUCGUUUUAGUGUCAAAGAGCUGCGUAAAGCUGCAUGUACACUGAAAUUGCUCAGAUUAAGCACUUUAUUUCAGGACUUUUUUUUAAAAGCUUGUAUUUUUAAUGCAAACCUCAUUUUACUUGAAAUGAAAAAUGAACAUUUUAUUAUUAGAGUGCGAUCAGCUCAGUGUGAUGAUGAUUAUUAAUAAACAUUGCAAAAAUAC